UGACACUUAAUCGUUUCCAUUCUCUUUCACUCUUAAUAUUCAUUCAUAUUUUUCUCUCUCAAUUGUUUAGGCACUCCUCUUUCUCUUCUGGUUUUCUUAUAUUUUGCUUGUCUUAACAGACACCGCACUGCACAUAUAAAUACCUAUAAAACAAGAUCUAUUCCAGACGUUGAAAAGGGCCCGCUUUCAACCAUGAGUGGACUUCGUAAACAGAAGCAGUAUGACUGGAAAGACAGUAAUAUCUCAUUGUUUGGUUCCAGCACGGACAGAGAUGUUAAAAAAGAAGCAGCAGAACAUGAGAAAGCUUGGCAAGCAGUUGGAAAAGAAACUGGUCUCUUGGUCUGGAGAAUUGAGAAAUUCAAAGUCAAAGAAUGGCCUAAAAAGGAUUAUGGCUUGUUCUAUGAGGGUGACUCCUAUAUUGUCUUAAAUACAUACCUUGAGGAAAAUGGAGAGAAAUUCAAUUAUGAUGUACAUUUUUGGAUUGGCAAAUACAGCACUCAGGAUGAGUAUUGUGCAGCUGCCUACAAAACUGUUGAGUUGGACACUUUCUUGGACGAUGUACCUGUCCAACAUCGAGAGGUACAAGGACAUGAAUCUGAUCUCUUCAAGAGUUACUUUAAGAAAAUGACGUUCUUAAAGGGUGGAGUUGAUUCUGGAUUCCGAGUUGUCACAGAGAAGACCUAUCAAUCAAGGCUCCUACAUUUCUGUGGUACAAAGAAAAAUGUUGAAGUCAAAGAGGUUGCCAAAAACAGAGAUAUGCUGGAUAGUGGUGAUGUCUAUAUACUUGAUCUUGGUAAAACAAUCUACCAGUGGAAUGGUGCAGGUAGUAACAAGGAUGAGAAAUUCAAGGCUGUAAUGUACAUCAAUGAGUUGAAAAAUGAACGAAGCAUUGCAAUUAAAACAGAGGUACUGGAAGAAGAUUCUACUGAAGCUGAUCAUGAGUUUUACACAUCCCUAACAGAAGAAAAAGAGGAAGAGACCCACUUUACAUCAGAAGAAGGACCUAAGGAACUUUACAGGUUGUCUGAUUCCUCAGGAAAAGUUCAAUUUCACCUGGAGAAAAAAGGAGACAUUGGAAAACAUGAUUUAGAUUCCAAGGAUGUUUUUGUCAUUGAUACAAAGAAAGAAAUCGUUGUUUGGAUUGGUCUUGAUUCUUCAUCUACAGAAAAGAAUAACGCCAUGACCUAUGCUCAUAACUACCUGAUGAACAAACCCAACAGCCUGUUGCCAGUCACCUGCCUGCUGGAAGGUAAACAUGACAACAAGCUAAUUUCAGCUCUUGCUGCCUAAAUCAACACAGAUGGAUCUAUAUCCUGUCAAUAUGGAAACCUUUUCUAUUUUUUAUUAUUUUCAGUAUUUUUACAUAUUAUACCCACCCCCUACCUUUCUUUUACCCUUUUAAAAUUCACAAUUUUAUAUAGUACCCCAGAACACUAACAUCAGAAAUGCCUUCUUUUAUAUAUAACCAGCAUUGUGUGCUUCUUGUUACUGCUAACCACUUUACUCUAACAUCAGAUGUAUUUCCAGCUAGAUUUACUGGGACCAGCAACAAGCUGAACUUAGAGAUUCAGCAUAAUGCCUCAAGAAAUGUCAGAGCAACUGUAUUUAUAUUUGCAUGUCCUCUUUUAAUACCAACUGCUCAGCCACGCAGUGAGAAUAAAUGUAAGCUAAAUUUUCAGAUAGAGACCCCCAGGCAGAACAUUCACACACACACACAUAUAUGUACUGCUCCAUUAAUAGUAGAAUCAUUAUUUUAAAAAAUAGUCCAUCAUGAAGCCGUUUACUCAACAUAAGGAAAUUGAACACCUAUUUUGCAUAUCUCUAUCAACUUCUGAAGAGAUUCAGCUUUCACAUAAUUUUUUAUUUAAUUGAUUAAUUUUCUGAUGGUCUGAACUGAAACAGCUGUUAGUGAUGUUUGUCAAUUUUUUAAUUAAUAAAUAAUAAUUUAUUAAUUACCUCUCUGUUCUCUCAUCCAUGGCUUCUAUAGUUACCAUGCAGUUGAGUAUUAAAUAUCAUGUUCAAUACUUUGUAUAGAUAAUUUCAUAGGAUUUUGCUGUCUCUGAAUGAGGUUUGUAACCUUUAAUUUGUGCUUGUAUAUAUAUAUAUAUAUAUAUAUAUAUUUCUUUGAUCAGUUAUUAUUAAAUAACUGCUGGUGCCAUUGUGUAAUAUUCAUUAUAUAAUAUGCAUGACUGAAUUUUUAUUAGCAUCUAUGUUCUUAGACAUGCUGUUUGAUAGGUCACCUGCAAGUUGUUGAAGCAAUUGUAAACUGUGGAAAUAUAAUGCCAUAAACUCCACUCUUCAUGUAUAUACAUGUGUGUGUGUGUGUGUGUGUAUAUAUAUAUAUAUAUAUAUAUAUAUAAAAAUACAAAAUGGGACAAGAACGCAAAACAUCCGGACAACUAGGUGAUACAAAAAGGGUACAACAAAACAUCCAGAUAGACGAUACAAAAGAAACAAGGACAGGUCAUUCGAAGCUUUCUAUCCUCAGUCAAGAACCGGAUCAUCCUUGCAAUUUCGGCUGAUUAGCAUGAACACAACAGCUUCCCUUUAUUUUAAAAUCACAUAACCUUUUUUGCCUAGUCAGAAAAAAGAAAACUAACAUUUACAUUACCUAUACUGUUAUUGAGUUGAGUUUUGAUUUCCAUUUGAAAAAUCCAAAAAACUUGAUGUUGCACAGACACUCUUGAGGAAGGCAUGAAUUUCACAGACUCUCUUUUCCUGUACUCUACAGACCAAGCUUUUUUUCUAAUUUGCUUUCUAACUAAAACAUUAUUUCCCACUCUUUAACAACUUUCUCUCAUCUCCAUCAGUAUUAUUUGAAUUAUUAUGCUAAUUGCAAAUUCUUACAAACGUUUAAAAAUAAAAGUUUCUCCAGCUA